AGAGGGGGGGAGAACACUGAGUGGAGGUCAGUGGAGUGAUUGGCAGAGAGGGGUGGAGGUCAAGGGGUGGAGGCCAGUGGAGGGAUUGGCAGAGAGGGGUGGAGGACACUGAAUGGAGGCCAGUGGAGGGAUUGGCAGAGAGGGGUGGAGGACACUGAAUGGAGGCCAGUGGAGGGAUUGGCAGAGAGGGGUGGAGGACACUGACUCGAGGCCAGUGGAGGAUUGGCAGAGAGGGAUGGAGGACACUGAGUGGAGGGUGAGUGGAGGGAUUGGCAGAGAGGGGUGGAGGACACUGAGUGGAGGCCAGUAGAGGGAUUGGCAGAGAGGGAUGGAGGACACUGAGUGGAGGCCAGUAGAGGGAUUGGCAGAGAGGGGUGGAGGACACAGAGUGGAGGCCAGUAGAGGGAUUGGCAGAGAGGGGUGGAGGACACAGAGUGGAGGCCAGUGCAGGG